AUGAAACUUCUUCUGCUGAUCACUCUGCUCACAGCCAAGAGGGAUUCAUGGAGUGUGCUGUGCAUUCUUACAGCAGGAGCUACUACAUUCAGAAUUAGCCCUCGGGCUGGGUGGCAGUUUGGCAAUGUGUUCGAGUGCAAAAUCCCUUUAAUUUUCCCCAUGUCGGAGUAUAACUACUACGGCUGCUACUGUGGCUUUGUCAUCUGGAACAACCGGGCGGAAGACUUAGACAGGUGCUGCCAGACUCGUGACCACUGCCACGCUCAGAUCAAGAAGCUGGAAAGCUGCAAAUUCCUCUUAGACAACCCCUACAUCACCUCCUAUACAUACUUAUGUUCUGGGAAUGAGGUCACCUGCAGUGGCAGAAACAACACCUGUGAGGACUUGAUCUGCAACUGUGACCGUGAAGCCGCCAUCUGCUUCUCCCAGGCUCCAUACAACAAGGAGAACAAAGGCAUUAAAUGUUAG